AUGGGACGACCAAGGGGCGGCAAGAAAAACGGACGCGGCGGACGAGGAGGCAGCAAGGCCGGCCAUAGGGACGACCCCAGCAACAGCGGCCGCGGCGAUUGGGUCAAUUUGACCAGCGCUGAGAAGUCGAACAAGGCCUUUGAGACCUACUACCAGGAGAUGAACAUCAUGACGCCCGAGGAGUGGCCGCAAUUCAUGGAGACUGUGAAGCAGGAGUUGCCUUUGACUUUCCGUGUGACUGGCUCUCGAGCCCACGCCGAGACCAUCAACGACAUCAUCAAGACCGUCUACGUCCCCAAAAUGCACAACGUCGAAUUCGAGGGGACCGUCUACGACCCCCCCGCCCAGAUCUCCUGGUACCCCGCCGGCCUCGGAUGGACAGUCUCCGCCCCCAAGCGUGUUGUCCGAAAAACGGAGCCUUUCAAGAACUUCCAGAGGUUUUUGGUGGGAGAGACGGAGGUUGGGAAUCUGAGCAGGCAGGAGGCGGUGUCGAUGAUCCCUCCUCUCUUCUUGGACGUCGAGUCUCAUCACCACUGUCUCGACAUGUGUGCCGCCCCCGGCUCCAAGACUGCUCAAAUCAUCGAAGCGCUCAACCCUCACCACACCACCUCUACCGGUCUUCUCAUCGCCAACGACUCUGACUACAAGCGUACGCACAUGCUUGUCCACCAGACUGGCAGAAUGCCUAGCAAGGGUCUGAUGGUGACCAACUUUGAUGCCUCCAUCUUCCCCCAGAUCAAGCUCGGCGACAACCAGAAGCUCUUGUUCGACCGUAUCCUCGCCGACGUCCCAUGCAGUGGUGACGGUACUAUGCGAAAGAACAUCGAAAUCUGGGGCAAGUGGGGUGUCGCCGACGGCAACUCUCUCCACCCUCUCCAACUCCGUAUCCUCGAGCGUGCUAUGGCCCUCCUGAAACCCGGCGGCCGCCUCGUCUACUCCACCUGCUCCCUCAACCCCGCCGAAGACGAAUCCGUCCUCUGCGCCGCCCUCAACAACAACCCCUCCUUCUCCCUCGUCGACGUCUCCUCCCAGCUCCCCGAGCUCAAGCGCCGCCCGGGGAUGAAUAAGUGGAAGGUUGCGACCCAGCCUGGGGGGAAGGAUGGGGAGUUGGUGUGGUAUGAGACAUUUGAGGGGUAUCAGGAGGCGUUGGAGAGUGGGAAGGAGAAGGAGAGGGGGGAGAAGGGGAAGACGUUGCCGAGGAGUUUGUGGCCGCCUGCGAAUGUGGAAGAUAUUCAUCUUGAGCGAAGUAUGCGACUCCUCCCCCACGACCAGAACACUGGCGGUUUCUUCGUCGCCGUCAUUGAACGCGCCGCCGGUGCCUCCUCUGGAUCUGCCGCCGCUUCUACCUCUCUGAAGCGUGAGGCGAGCCCUUCCCUCCAGCAAGCCGACACGAAGCGCCCUCGUGAAGAUGCCCCUGUCGCCGACGCCCCUGCCCCCGCCACCGCUGCCGCUGUCGAAGAGAAGAAGAAGGAAGCGCCGGCGAAGAAGGAGAAGAGGGAUGUGACGUUCAAGGAGGACCCGUAUUCUUAUGUCGACCCGGAGCACGACGAGGUGAAGGCCAUCCUUGCCAGGUUCCAGUUCAAGGACACGUUCCCCAAGAACCACUUGCUCGUCCGAAACGAGUACGGUACUCCUCACAGAACGAUGUACCUCACCAACGAGAUUGUCAAGCAAAUCUUGUUGAACAACGACUACACUCGUCUCCGAAUCAUCUCUGCCGGUGUCAAGUCCUUCACUCGCCAAGAUUCGAAAGAGUCCAAGAACACCGACAUCUCUUGCAAAUGGCGACCCCCCGUCGACGGCGUUCUUGAGCUCCUCCCCCACCUCGGCGAUGGUAUUCUUGUACGCGCCACUCUCGACGAGCUCCGCAACCUUCUUGUCGAUCACUAUCCCGCCAUCGACCGUUUCCGUCCCGAAUGGAAGGCUGAGAUUGAGGGUAGAGAGUCUGGUGCUGGGGUGGUGGUGUUUGAGCCUGGGACGGUGGAGGCGGACGAGGAGAGAAAGUUGCCUGGGGGAGAGUUGAGGUUGCCGUUGUAUCUGCCGAUUUGGAAGGCGAAGAUCAGUAUGAGUUUGAUGAUCGACAAGCGAGAGAAGUCUAUCUUGUCUCUUCGUACGUUCGGCCAAGACAUUUGCAAGCCCCCUCCCGUCUAUCCCGCCCCUGCCGCUUCUACCUCCACCGACAACGCUACCGCCACGGAUGCCGCUGCCGUCGAGGAAGUCAAGGAGGGUGGCGAUGUGCAAGUCGCGGGCGCUGUUGGUAUUGCUUUGGCCGCUGAGGGAGAGGCGCAGUAA